ACCACCGAGAGAGCGUCGUCGUCGUCGUCGUCGUCAUGUCGCGACAGAGAUCCAGAAGAGUCGAACUACCUCCCGCUCAAGAGAAUAUUGAAAAAUUGGAGAAGGUUGUAAGCGAGGAAAAUUAUUAUGGAGCUCAGCAAAUGUACAAAUCCAUUAGUGCCAGAUAUGUAUCUGCUCAGAGGUACUCUGAAGCAUUAGAUAUCCUACAUUCAGGAGCAUGCAUUCAGUUGUCUCAUGGACAGGUUACCUGUGGAGCAGAGCUAGCUUUAUUGUUUGUGGAGACAUUAGGGAAAGGGAAAAUUCCUUAUGAUGAUGAAGUUCUUGAUCGUCUCUACAAGAUUUACAAAACAUUUCCUCGGGUUACAUUGCCACAAAACUUGUGGGAUGUUGAUGACAUGCAGCAGCUUUCUGAAAACAUUGGAAGUGCAAAGACACGUGUUGAAGGCUGCACCUCAUUCUUAAAAGCUGCUAUCAAGUGGUCUGCCGAAAAUGGAGCAAGUAGUAAUGGAUCUCCAGAGCUGCACAUCAUGCUAGCUGAAUAUAUAUUUUCUGAAAGUCCUGAGGUGGAUAUGGCUAAAGUGACAUUUCAUUUUGUGAGAGGAAAUAAUCCAAAGAAGUUUGCUUCUACACUAGUGAAUUUUUUGGGCAAGUGUUAUCCAGGUGAAGAUGAUUUGGCCAUUGCUCGGGCAGUUUUAAGGUAUUUAUCUUCAGGUAAUAUGAAAGAUGCAAACAUUCUAAUGGAAGAGAUAAAGAAGCAAACUGAAUCAGCUGAGGUAGUGUUUCCUCAGACAGAGUUGAUGCAAUUCAUCAAUUAUCUUUUGCAGACGUUGGAAAGAGAUGCUUUGCCUCUUUUUAAUAUGCUGAGAGCAAAUUUUAAGGCAAGUCUUGAAAGGGAACCUGCGUUCAAUGAGAUGCUAGAUGAUAUUGCGGAGAAGUUCUAUGGAGUACAGCGUAGGAACCCCAUGGGGAUGUUUGGAGAUAUAUUCAAGAUGAUGGGAGGUGUGUAAUUACAAUCAGUAUGGAGACAUUACCAAAUAGAGCAGCAAUUUCUACAGAACUUUCAAAUAAUUAUAAUAUUUAUCUUUUUGGUUAAUGGUAGAGCGAGUUCACCUCAUUGAACAAAAUCUGUGUUAUCUCGUGAUUCACUGAUUUGUAAAUGCUAAUUUAACAAUUUUGCUUAGUACCCAUUUCGAUUUUUUUUAAUGUAAAAAUCACUUGUAUUAUAUUUUUCUUUUCCUGGCAAAAUCGAGGUUGAAAUAA